AAGGAAUUACCAUCACUGAAAUUUAUGGUUCAUGGUUCAAGUUUUUACUGAUUUUAAAAAGAAUAUUGAAGCACGUGUCAAUGGUUUGUGCAGUUUUCUUACCUUUCUGAAAAGUGUUGUUUGGAAUAAUUUAAUAAGUAGUUGACAAUGAGUAGCAGCAAUUCAGACUCAGAGAUUUAUUCUUCGGAUGAAGAGUUGCAAGAAGCAUUUGCUAAUGGUCUACUGAAACCAGGAUUAAAUACUGUGGUACAUAAUGAAAAGCAAGACAAUACAAAUAAUAAACUUAUAAAGCAAAAAUUGAGCAAAAUGUCACUGAAACUACCUUGGAUUGAGCGGUUAGAUUUGAUUAAUUCUCUCGCUCCACUAGCACCAGAAUUGGCCUUGCAGAUGCAAGAGCAAGAAAUCAAACGAGCCAAGCAGCUUAAAGGCAACAGGAAGCUUCCUCAAUUCAGCCCAAGUGAGGAUCCUGUGCUCAACGACUUUCGGAGGGAAACCACGUUCCACAGGCAAGCCCAGGGAGCUGUAAUUGAGGGAAUCGCAAGACUGCGUAAAUUGAAACUGCCAACCAUCAGACCAGAUGACUACUUUGCUGAAAUGGUAAAAUCUGAUGAGCAAAUGCAGAAAGUCCGAGAAAAUACGAUGAAGAAACAGUUCGAAGUGCAACGUUCGGAGAAAGUAAGGCAACUGAGGGCUCAAUCUAAAGUUAACAAGCAUAUGCAAAUAGAGGCUACUUUGAAAAAGCACGCAGAGAAGAGACAGAUGUUGGAGGAAGUCAAGAAGUACCGAAAGGGAAAAAGACAGGACCUUAGUUUUCUGGACGGUAAAUCUCAGCAGUCCAAGUCUGAUGCCAAACAGAAGAUGAAGAACAAGAAGUUCGGCUUCGGAGGAAAGAAAAAGGAUUCGAAAAGAAAUACCACAGCAAGUUCUGCAGAUGUUUCCGAAUAUCGCAGGCCAAUUAAAGGCACAAAAAUCAAAGGACAUGCUAAGCGGUUGGGAAAGAGUAGGAGAGUGAUAGUGAAAGGAAAGAAGAAAUGAAAAAAGAGGUACUCACUUAGCACAGCAUAAAUUAUUUUUUAAGUAAAAUUCAUUUGAUACUUAACUUUUGUUUAAUAAAGUAUUUUUGCAAAA